AUGCAGACGCGCAUGUUGGUGGACGCCAUGGUGCGGUGCCCUCAGAGGCAGGCGGCGAUCGACGUGCUGGUGCCCCGGCUGCGCCGGCUCCAGGAGGCCCGGCUCGCCUGCGGCGGAGGGCAGCCGAGCGAGGACGACGGCGACGAGGAGGAGGAGGAAGAGCUUCGCGUGCUGAAGGCGGGCGACGAGCGGGAGCUGCGCUGGCAGGACUCCGCCGGCGGCGCCCUGACCUUCUCCACGGCGCUCUUCCCGCCCUUCCGCGGCUACGCGGUGUACCCGCGCCUCGCCCUGGCCAACCACUCUUGCGUCCCGCCGUGCGCCGUGGAGUUUUCGUUCUCGGCCUCGCUGUUGCUGCUGGCGCAGCCCGGAGUCGGCGUGCGGGCCGGCGACGAGCUCGCGAUCUCCUACCUCGACGCCUCGCUGGGUGCGAGCCAGGCCUCCGAUCCGGCUGCCGUGGCCCGCCGGCGCCGCCUGCUGCAGCCCUACGGCUUCGUCUGCGGGUGCCCCGCCUGCGACGGCGCCGCCAGCGCCGCGCUCGCACGGCUAUUGUGA